CUCUCAAGUUUACAACCCAGAGACUGGCACAAGACAAUCCAUGUACGUGUUUGCAGAAAAAUGGGAAUUCCAUGGAAGCAAUGAAAAUGGUCCACUACAACACAUUGAUAUGGUUCUUGUCGACAACCAGGGAAAUACCAUGUACGCUGAGAUACCUGCAAAAGAAGCAGACAAGCUAGGACCUAUGAUACAAGUGGACAGAACCUAUGUUAUAGCUCGCUUCAAAGUUUGCAAUGCAAAUUUUUUUUUUCAAAUCUGUCCCAGGUCCCUAUAUGCUAGAAUUCACCUGCCAUACCAAAAUUAGUGCUGCAACCGAGCAAAUAACUGGGCCUAAGUAUAUCUACAACCUGACUCCUUUUGAAAAACUCCCAGAAUUCAUCAAUGACACCAAAAAAUUCCAUAAUAUCCUUGGCAUUAUAACAGAAAUCAAUGAACCAGAGUGGAUUCCCUUCUCCAAUCAGCCUAAUCAUUCCCUACGACGUGACAUCAGGUUGACAGAUGGAUGUGGCCAAGAGAUAAAAAUGGCAAUUUGGGGUUCAAAAGCAACACAAUUUAAUCUCCCUGAAGAUCCAAAUAUGGAAGAUAGACCAGCUAUAGUGCUAUUCACAGGAUGUCUAGUGAAAUACUAUCAAGAAAAUUUUUAUGUUAGUGGGUACUCUGCAUGCCAUUGGUAUAUCAAUCCUGACAUACCAGAAGCAGCAAGCCUACUAAACAGAACACAUGGACAAUCUUACAAGAUUAAAAGAUCCGGCAUUCCAAUUGCUGAACAAAGCCAACCAGAACCUCCACCUGUACCUGAUUUUCUCACGCUACAGGAAAUGGAAGCUAUAGACCCAUACGAGUUUCCGGCAACUGGAUGCCGAUGCACUGUUACAAUUGUCCGUUUAGUUGAAACACAAAAUUGGUGGUACCCAGCUUGCAACUUAUGCAAAAAGUCAUGCUUACCAGAAGGUUCAUCUUACAGGUGUCCAAAAUGCAACAUAUUGGACAUGUACGCAUACAAAUACAAGCUGCCAUUUUUUGCUUCCGAUGGAACUGAAGAAUCAGAGAUGAUUGCCUUCGCUGCUGUUGCUCAAUCCAUAGUUGGCAAACUAGUUGAAACUGUGAUAAGAUCAAUAAGAAAUAGAGACAACAUUCCUCCUGAUAUUGCUGCCAUUGUAUCCUCAAAAUUCACCUUCUCUGUCGCAAUGGCAGAAUCUAGCUUCAGUAAACCAAAGAAAUCCUACCAAAUCAACAGCAUAUUGCACAAUUAUGGGAAACAACGUGCUCUACCAUUCCACGGUCCAAAUCAAGCUCAACUGUCAAAUGAACAUAACCAGUUAUCUGCCCAGCCUAGUGCAAGUACUUCUCCAUCAUACAUUCCUCCUGGUAGUUCUCAAAAUCCUCUCCAUGAAACUCCAACCAAAAUACUACCACUAGACCAGAUCCUCCUGCAAACUCCACCAAAAAACAUAGAGAUUCCUAAAAACAGCAAAGGAGAUGACAGUAUCAUUGAUCCUACACCAUCAAUCAAAGCAAAGUCAGCAAAGAAAAGACUGCACAUUUCAGAAAGAGAUGAAGAAAAGAAUGGAGAAGAACCAUAUUCUGAAACAACUCCUGACCAAGAGAUAGCUCAACAAACAAAUCUUAACAGGCAAAGCAACGUGCAGCGAACAGCGGCAUCACCUGCAGAAAAGAUUAGUUCCUCUAGAAGCUCAAAGAGCCCUAAGAAAUGACAAGAUCAGCAUUUAGUCAGCUUUCCCGGCCUUACCACCAGACACUACCUAGCAACCAAAACUCGACGAAGCAGUGGCAGCGCCAGAACUUUGAUCUUGCCAAUCAAAAUUAGAAAAUAGAGUACUUAUAUAUAAACUAAUGUUUGUCAAACCAUCAGUAUGGUAGUCGUAUGUCGUAUACCUAACUAUUUGCAGAGUUGAACACCUUGCAUACACUAGCUGUAAUGAGACAUAAUACUUUUAUGUGUACAUACUGCAUGCGCCUACUAUUUAACUUAGAUACGCACAUUUCCAUUA